ACACCAUGGCCGCGUCGCGUGCUAAAUGUCGUUGCGUUCUAUUGCUUGCUUCGGAAUUGUUCAUACUUUCAUUGCCUGGCCGUCAACAUGUCUCUCCAAUCUGACCUGACCAUCGACGCGUCCAAAUUCGACCGCAAGCUUGCCGACAAGCAGACCGAAGAGUUCAAUGAGAAGCUGAUCAAGAUCUGGGCCGACGGGCCCCGGUGGUACAAGGUCGGCGCAGAAGCGUACCGCAAGCUUCGCUGGGAAGGCAAGACACCGCUCCCAAAGCCCGUCGUGCUCCCUGAGGGCAUCAACGGCGCGAUCCCCUCGCGCGAUGCUGGCCGAGAGAUCCCGUACCGCGUGUUCAAGCCUGCGGGCGGGGUGAGCAAGGGGAUCCACCUCCACAUCCACGGUGGAGGGUGGGUGUUGCAGUCAGAGCAUUACCAGGAUCACUACCUGAAGUAUAUGGCGGACCACUACGAGGUGACGGUGUUUUCGGUCGGGUACAGACUCGCGCCCGAAGACCCGUGGCCCGCAGGCGGCAACGACUGCUACGACGCAGCGGAGUGGCUCGUGGACAACGGCCCGUCAGUGUUCGGCGGCGAGCUGAUGUUCACCGGCGGCGAAUCCGCCGGCGGCCACCUCGCCUGCCUCGUAGCAUUCCACCUGCUAGAAACCCGCCCCGCGUUCGCCUUCCGCGGGCUGCUACUGCACUUCGGCUGCUUCGACCUCUCCGGGUUCCUGCCGCACGUGGCGCACCACGAGAAGCACCUCGUGAUCGACCACGACGUGAUGAGCGCGUACAUCCAGGCGCUGCUGCCGGGCACGACGAUGGAGCAGCGGCGGGACCCCAGCAUCUCGCCGUUCUUCAGGGACAUCCGCGGCUUGAAGCUGCCACCCGCGCUGUUCACGUGCGGCAGCGAGGAUCCGCUGCUCGACGACACGGUGUUUAUGGGCGCCAAGUGGCAGAUGUGGGGGAAUGAGGCGGUGGUCAAGAUUUAUAAUGGCGCGCCGCAUGGGUUUAUUGGGAAUCCGGUGGGGACGAUUAGGAGUGUGGAUGAGGGGCUGCAGGACAGUGUUUCGUUUGUGAAGGCGAAGAUGGGGGCGUGAUUGAGAGGCAUUAGACGUUUGAAUAUGUAUUCUCAAAUGCUGUUCGAUCUUGUAGAUGUGCUAGCUCCCGUUUUCGUAUGCUGUUCAAUCUUGCAGGUACGUUAGCUAUCCACGGUAUUGAUAAGUAAGACGUUUAGAUAUCUAUCUAAAUAUAAGGCUAUUGGAUCUUGCAGAUAUGUGAGCUCAUAUUUCCAUGCUGCUUGAUCUCGCAGGCAUGUUAGCUAUGCAGUCACGGUGAUGAUAUUUU